UUCAUGAGGGUUUAGAAGGAGGCUUUGAGGCAGAACAGGAAGGGUUGCACCAUGUCGGACCGGGAGAGCGGUGAUGAACAACAGGAGCAGCAGGGACAGGGCUCUGGUGAGCAGGAGCUGGCAACAAAAACUUUGCAGAUUCAGUCAAAGAGAUUCUAUUUAGAUGUCAAACAAAACAGACGAGGAAGAUUUAUCAAAAUAGCAGAAGUAGGUGCAGGAGGGAAGAAAAGUCGCCUCCUGUUGGCAAUGUCUACCGCUGCAGAAUUCAGGGAUUAUCUAACAGAUUUUAGUGAACAUUACGCAUCACUUGGUCCUCCUAACCCAGAUAAUCUACCUGAAGACGGUAAACUGAAAAGUGAAACCAUGAUUAAAGACAAUAGACGUUACUACCUAGACCUCAAGGAAAAUCAGCGAGGGAGAUUCUUGAGGGUAGCACAGACUCGUCCACGAGGUGGACCUCGUUCACAAAUUGCCAUUCCUGCACAAGGAAUGAUAGAGUUUCGAGAUGCUUUAACAGAUUUGUUAGAUGAGUUUGGUACGGACGACCACGGUGAGUCAGAUGAAGGACAGAGUGAAUUACCAGAAAGCAAGUACCUACGGGUUGAAAACAAAGUCUUCUAUUUUGAUGUCGGCUCUAACAGACGUGGAGUUUACCUGAGAGUAUCAGAGGUACGAUCUAAUUAUCGCACUGCCGUCACCAUUCCAGAGAGGUCUUGGGGCAGAUUUCGUGACAUGUUGUCAGAAUUCGUUGAAGGUUCCACUCAGACAGGAACUGCAGCUGAGGCUCCAAAAGACCUGAAAGAGACGAAAUAAAGAUGGAUACCUAUCUGACAGAGGGAAUGUGCAACGUCGGGGGUCUGGUCCAUAUGUUUUGUAAAAAGUGCACUUGGUGUUGCGUUAUGUGAAAUUUUAUCAGUAAUUGAUUGUCCUUGAGGAGAAUUUUUAGCUGUUUUUUGAUUGAUUAUAGUUGUAAGGAUUAAUGGUGUGUUUUUCAUUUAUGGUCAGAAUCACAAGAAAUGUUGUCUCUAUUCAUUCUAUUUCCCUUGUUGAGAUUUUUUGUGGGAUUUUAAAUUAUCUAUGAAAUUAAAAUUCCUAGCACAGUAUUUUUUACGAGGCACAUUUCCUUUGCCAUGUUGACGAAGCAAAAGACAUUUGACAACGCUGAUGUCUUAUGGCAUAGGGAAAGAUCGUAUAAUUGUGGAAAGUUUCUUACUGAAUGUACUGUAGUUUGUAUAAUGGUGUAGGUUCAAGGUUUUAAGCUACUCUGGAUAAAGGCAAAUAUGAUAUGAUUGUGUGUUAAUGUACUGUAUUGUUAGAUGAAUUUAUAAUAGAUAAAAGAAAACGAACAGUUGCAUAAAUGACGAGCUGUCCAGGACUGACUGGAUAUGGUUCAUUUGUCUCUGUGUUACACAAAGUUGGACAAGCAGCUGGUUCCGUUAUCGUUCACACAUUUACAUCAUCCUUGCUGUCAGUGACCGUUACGCACAGAGAUCGGAAUUUACGACUGAAAUAAACUGUGAUAAUUUAUAUCUGACAUUAACAAUAUAUCAUUGUAAAAAUUUAUUCUCGAAAAAUUAUAUUUCAUACUGUUAAAUUAAUGUUGAAUAAUUUUUUCUGAGUGUUGAAAUAUCUUAAUUACAGCAUUACUGUACAUACAUAGCCUCCAUUUAUAUUUGCCUUUUGUGGUGUUAGGGAGUAUUUUUGUUAAACAUUAUUUAUUUAGUUGCAUUUCAUCAAACAUCAAAUACAAAAUAUCAAUCAAACAAUUCAUAACUAAAUAAAAUUUUGCAAGAAUAACAGACAUCUUGUUUAUGGUAAUGAUAAGGCAUGUGAUAUUUUGACGGUGAUUAAUGCCAAAAUAGUUUUAUGUACAAUGCUGUAGUUUCAGGAAAAUGUACAAAUUCAAAUAUUCAAAUAUUUUGUUUCAUAUAAUCUUUAACUUUUUUCACUUUGUCACCAUAGGAAAACAAUGGACUUAUUUGUUCUAAAUAUCAAUUUGAGUGAAAGGUAUUGAAAACAUAUUUAUACGAUUGCAAAAUUUUUGCGGUCGUAUAAUGUUAUGACAUUGUUUUUAGAUAUCUUACCAAGCUUACAAAGUCUAAUUUACGUUAGAUCUAUAAAGUAACACAUUUUUGUAAACAUAGUUGGUCAUUCCAAUGUCAAAAGCAAAGAAAAAAUCCAUAGAAAAUAGAGACAUAGACUUAAACAACCUUUUGUUGUUGAUGACAAAGUGUAAGAAAUGUACAUUAUUUUAUUAUUAAAAGGCCAAUCAGUAUAAGGAAAAGUGUUAUAAUUUAUAUACCUUCAACUGUGAUAGAAUUGUACAAAGUGUUGUUGGUGAUAAAUGAGAUUCUUUAAUUAACCUUUUUUAUGUUAACCUUAGAGCAUGCUUACUGUAAAGGACAUUGUGAAAUAAAUGCAUAAUUUUCCUUAACUAAUUUUAGUAUUAAAAAUGUUGUGGAAAAUCUUGUGGCAUUUUUGUGAUGGAAGUUCUUUCUUAGUAUGCUUUCAAAGUUAUCAUAAAUGAGUCAAUUCUUGACCUAAUAUCUUGUUAAAGUUUUUUGUUAUAUAUCUCAAAUUAUUUGUAUUGAAAAAAGUUUUUAUUUUAUAUAAUACACAUAUUUGUAUGUGAUAGGUUAAAAAUCACUCGACUACUUAUUUUUUUAAUUGAUACUGCAUUUUCUGAUGGGAAAAAAGUUGGUGAAAAGUUUGUGAAAAUUAAAAUAAAAAUAAACUGUACAUUUACUCAAGUGAAGGAGAACUGGCUUGGAACAAAUCAUACUUCUAUUAAAAGUAGAUAUAAAAGCGAAAUGCAUAUUAUAUUUUCGAGUGUCUCUGCUUUUUACAAUCUGUUUUCCUAAUUUAUGAAGAUCAGUUUGAUAUUUUCUCUUCUUUAUUUACAAUAACUCAUGCUGCUUAAAACCUUGUUAGCUAUACUCAUAUUUACUUUUGUGUUUUAAAAUAUUUCUGUUUAACUUUGGCCUAAAGUUUGUUUCAUAACAGAUGAAGCUUUGCAAUCAUGAGCUAAUUUUGGUGAAAAUGUUAUAUCAUGCUAUUGUCUCAACAAACUUGCAGAUAUUAAGAUAGGAAUGAAAAAAAUUAAUAUGUAUAAAAAAAAAAUGAUUAUCCAUGCCUGUUUGCAAAGUUUUUUUUCUGGAAUGAGGCAUCACUUACCUUUCAAAUAUAGCACACUAAAAGAAUUUGUAACCUUGAACUUUGUUGUAGUACAAUUUAGAAUGUGUAUUUUAUUUGCUAGAAACAUUUCUGUUCUUUGUUGGAAGUUUUGACUAAUGAUUCUGUAAUACUUGUUAUUCAACAGAAGCUUGUACAGCACAUGGAAAGGAAGUCUUGUAUAUAUUGGCAAUACACUUGUUGAAUCAUUAGUUUGGUUUCAGUUUACUGGCAGUAAUAUCUUGUUAUUCUUUUUGUUUUUUUUUCUGUUAGUUUAAUACUUACCUCAUAUCUUAUCUUUUUAAGUUUAUUGAAAAGUAGGCUAUAAAUCUGAAAUUGUCUUUCUGACUUGUAUUUUUCAGUGCUGUGGCUCAGUAACCAAGUGCUGUGUGUUCUUGCAAAAACCAGGUUUAAGUUGUCGGUCUAUAUUAUAUCAUUUAGUUUUUUCUUCAUGUUUAGUUUUACAUACAAAUUGAUAGUGCUAUUUUUGAAAAUUCAAAACAGACCACACUCAUAUAGAUUGUAAUAUGUUUGCAUUGUUUUCUUUUUACCAUUUAGUAGUUUAUCAAGAACAAAGAAAAUGGAUUUGAAAAAAUAUUGAAAUUGUUAUUAUCUAAAGUAUGCCUUCAGAAAAACAAAACAUGUUAUUUGUUAUAUAAAAUGUGAUGGAAAUUUUUGUACCCCAGCUAUAUCCACAUAAGCAAGAUAAGGUGAAGACAUAUAACAAUAAGUUUCAGUUCAUAUUAAAGAAGAAAUGAUUUGAAAAUUUAUGUGAAAGAAUUCUAGUAGUGACAUAUGAAGCAAGUCCAAAAGUAUUCAUGCAUUAAGUAAUGUUUUAUUUUUUGAACAUGUGAAGCUAACUUUUGCAGAAAUUAAAAUUUGUUUAAUCAUAUGAAAUUUUAAAGAUGUGUUGAGAGAACUUUGGAACUUGAGAUCAUGACUGAAACUGUAAUUAAACCUUAACCUUAUCUUUACUAAUUUAAUGAUAUCAUUUUUUAAGAUGAGUUUGUUGAUAAUGUUAAAAUUGUACAUUUCACAUGUAAUUUUUCAUUCUUAUUGUUGUUAGGCCGGGGUACCUUGUUUUAACAAAUAUACAUAUAUAUAUAUAUUAUGGUUUAAUUUUAUUGGCUAUUUGGUUGCUAUGUAAACGAUAGAAGUGCUAUGUUUAUUUUUCAUAUUACUAGAAUUCUAGAUAUUCAAGGAUUUUUUACCCUGCUUAAAACCAGACUCAUAUUUUUACUUAAAUUUAGCAUAUUUUAAAAGCAUUGAAACAGAAAAUUAUUAGAUCUUUUUUUUAUUGGGAUUCUCUAGAAUAUGUUGCUUGGCUACUCAUUAAUGUGGAAGUUAAUUUUGUGAAUGAAAAAAUUGAUAAACUUGAAGAAAGGAUAAGAAGUUCUUGGAUAACUGGAAAUUUUAGUUUUAUAUGCACAGGGAGGCUUGGUAUAGAACGAGCAAGGAGGACUCAAAUGAAAAUUAACUCAAAUUGACAGGAAUAAUCAGUUUGAGAGGAAUAUCACCAGGUUGAAAGGUCAAACUGAUGAUAUUAUUAUUUUAUUAUUAUGAUGUUUUACAAACCUUUUGUUAAAUUUUUGUUAUUGAAGAAAUAUAUUUAUAUUUAAUAACAGUUAUAAUAAUUUUGGGCAACUGCAAUUUUAUCAAACCUUGAAAAUUAUAAAGCAAAUUUUAACAUUGACCUAGAUACGGUGUAGUGUUGAUGUUUGUCUAUUAAAAGAGCUUGGUAGUUUAUAGAUGUCAAAAUUUGCUUUAGAUUUUCCGGAUGCUGUUAUAUUCAAGCCACCCUUCAUCUCUGUAAAAAAGGUAUAUUUAUAUUUAAUUUGUUCAUAUCAAGAGAGAAAUUGGAUGUGCAUGCUUUUUAUGAAGUACUGGUUUGCCUGAUCACUGUAUCACAGGGUUAUAUAAUAUAGUUACAAUUAUACUUUUUGGUUUGAAAUCUGAUCAGUUAAUAAAUAUAGGUAAUUUAGCUUAUAAUGAAUCUGAUAUGGUAAAAAAAUAAUUCGCUAUAAACAGUUCAAGAUCGUUGAAUAAGCAAGUAUUCAAAAAUUCUGUUUUGACAUCAAGUUUAAAAUAAAAGUUAGUUCAUUUGAAAUUGUUAUAAUUCAUUGAAAAUUCUGUUGAUACUAUAUAAAAAAUAUUUACUUGUAUGCACACUGAGAAAUAUUGGCAACUAUACUUGCCAGGCGUAACUUAAAAGAUAAAUGUGCAAUAAUGAUUGAGAAUUGAUGCAUGAUUAAUUUUAACAUGUGCACAGAUUCAGAAUUUCAUAUAAAAUAGAAUUAAUUAAUUAUAUCUUGUUUGAAUUUGUAAAUUACAAUCUAAUAAUUGAUUGUUGAGUCAUUUUACUUUGCAGACUUGUGCUGUUUUAUUUUGUUGAGGAAUAUAAGCCCUAAUCAGUUUUUAUGUAUACCAGUACUUUGUUGUUAAACUUCACUUGUUUUAUUGUCUCAAGGAAUUGUUACUUUGUUAUGUAAAACAACGGCAUAUUAUGAAAUAUAGAUUCAAUCUUUA